GUCAAAUCUUUUGACUGUUAGGUCGCCAUUUGCACACACACACCCUCUCAGCAAGGUCGAGCACGAUGCAUCUCAUGUAUACCCUGGACGAGCAGGGCAACAGGGUCUAUACGCUCAAGAAAAUCACUAAAGACGGCAAAGUCAGCAAGUCUGCACACCCCGCUCGCUUCAGUCCCGAUGACAAGUUUUCAAGACAUCGUGUGACGAUCAAGAAGAGAUUUGGCAUUCUCCCGACUCAACUCCCCAGCAAGCCCAUGUAAAACACACCAGGUG